CACUUCACUCCGAUGGCGAUGGCUCCGCCGCGUCUGCUGCGGGGCCUCAUCGCGCCGCUGCCGCCGUCCGACUGGCUGCCGUGCAACCAGCUGGUCGCCUCCGCGAGCUCCCUCCUGCACCGCUGGCUCCCAUCGCUCGCCCUCCCGCGCGGCUGCCCCGACGGGUUCAAGCUCCUCCUCGUCCUGCUGCUCGUCUCCGCCGCCCUCGCCGAGGUCCGCUUCGUCGCCUCCUCCUCCAUGGCUCCCACGCUCCGCCCCGGCGACCGCGCCGUCGCCGAAAAGGUCACUUACCUGUUCCGGAGUCCGGCCGUGGGCGACAUCGUCUUCUUCAGGGUGCCCAUGGCGCUGCAGAAUUGCGGCCUAAAUAAGGAUGUUGUAUUUAUCAAGAGGGUGCUUGCAACCCCUGGGGAUUUCAUCGAGGUUCGACAAGGCCAACUUAUUGUUAACGGUGUUGUGCAUAAGGAAACCUACAUUGCAACCCACAGCUCAUACACAAUGGAGGCCAUGCGCCUCCCGGAGGGCCAUGUAUUUGUCAUGGGUGAUAACCGUAAUAAUAGCUGCGAUUCCCGUGCUUGGGGGCCUCUUCCUAUAGGCAACAUUGUUGGAAGAUACAUGAUGUCUUUUACUAGAUCCUCUUUCCAAUAGCCAAGGUGAAGAGGUUUGAUGACCUCCGGCAUUGUCAAACCCCUUGAUUAUGUUGAUAUCGAGCUAUGUUGGGCCUUGUGCCCUUCAUCUGUACAUCUUUCCACUAGCCAAGCUGAAGAGGCUUGAUGAUUUCCAGCAUUGACGAAUUGCAUUUCCGUAGUUGUGUACUGACUGAAUCCUGGGGAGAACAAAUAGCGACUUUGUAGCCUGUCACACACCCUGGUCUGUCAGUCGUUUGGGUUACCUAGCUGUUCAAUCGUAUCGUGAUGUUUUAAUAUGUAUCGCGUGCGUGAAUCCAGUACCUAUUACUCGGUAGAAGUUUGAAAAUUGUAGUGGUGUUUCUUUACUGCCUGUUAAUAAUUCAGUGAUAUUCCCUUUGGGCGUUGAUGCCUCGAAGUUAUUAUGUAGUGAGCUGUGGUUGAUGCUGAC